AUGAACUUAGAAGGGGUAGGCGACGAAGUGAGGUGUCGCGCCUUCCCGAUCACUUUGGUGGGGCCCACGAUUCGGUGGUUCAACAGCCUCCCGCAAGGCUCGGUAGCGGCGUUCUCGGAUAUCACCCGCGCCUUCCUAGCCAAGUUUACUACAUACAUCGCAAAGGUGAAGCACCCGAUUAACCUGUUAGGAGUAACGCAAAGAGCCGGUGACCCGACCAGGAAAUACCUAGACAGGUUCAACGACGAGUGCUUGGAGAUCGACGGCUUAACAGACUCGGUGGCCAGUUUAUGCUUGACGAACGGUUUGCUGAACGAGGAUUUCAGAAAGCACCUCACUACCAAACCCGUGUGGAUGAUGCAAGAAAUCCAAAGCGUGGCCAGGGAGUACAUAAAUGAUGAAGAGGUUAGCCAGGUCGUGGCGGCCAACAAACGCCUCGGUUGUGGAAAUUUAUCAGCAGAUCGCCGACAAGGACAUUCUAUUGAAGCCUUGACCUCUAAAGGACAGGACAGGACAGGAGGGAACAAAAACCUCUACUGUGAUUACCAUAAGGGCUUUGGUCACAAGACCCAAGACUGUUUUGAUCUUAAAGACGCCCUGGAACAAGCAAUUCGAGAUGGAAAUCUGGCGGAACUCUCCCAUCUUAUAAGGGAACUGAGAAGGCGGGAUAGGGACCGACCUGAUGACAACAGGGACCGGGCCGUGAAACAAAGACGGGAGCCCGAGGAAGACAGCAAACGAUGA